AUGUGCUUCGGCGGCCGCGACAAGAACGACGACGGCGCCGCCACCCGCUCGCGCAACAUCGAUCGCGCCAUCCGCCAAGAUGAGAAGCGCCUCUCGAAGGAGGUCAAGCUGCUCCUGCUAGGCGCCGGAGAGUCCGGCAAGUCGACGAUUCUGAAGCAGAUGAAGCUCAUCUACUCGCAAGGCUUCAACACGCACGAGCGGCUCGAGUGGAAGCCCGUCAUCUUCAACAACAUCAUCCAGUCGUUCCGCACCAUCAACGACGUCAUGAACGAGAUGGGCUACCGGUUCGACAACGCCGACAACGAGGUGAGUGCCCGUCUCCUCCUUCCGCCGGGCCGCGCGCCGCCUCGGAAGUGCAUGGCCCCGGACGCGACUCCCGCGGCAGAGAGCUUGGUCGCUGACGCGUGCGACGUGCAGAAACACAUGGCGCUCAUCCUCGUCGACAACGAGAUCGGGCUCGAGGACAGCUUGCCGCGACACUAUUUCGAUCCCCUCCAGGCCUUGUGGCAGGACAAGGGCGUCAAGGCCGCCAUGGCCAAGGGCAACGAGUACGCCCUGCACGACAACUUGACAUACUUCCUCGACGACAUGGACCGCAUAUGGGCCGACGGCUACGUGCCCAGCGACCAGGAUCUCCUCCGCUCGCGCCUGAGGACCACGGGCAUCACCGAGAGCGUCUUCGACCUCGGCCAGCUGACGUACCGCAUGUUCGACGUGGGCGGCCAGAGGUCGGAGCGGAAGAAGUGGAUCCACUGCUUCGAAAACGUCAACUGCCUGCUGUUCCUCGUCGCCAUCAGCGGCUACGACCAGUGCCUGGUCGAGGACAAGGACAGCAACCAAAUGAACGAGGCCUUGAUGCUGUGGGAGUCGAUUGCCAACUCGCACUGGUUCACCAAGUCGGCCACGAUUCUCUUCCUCAACAAGAUGGACCUGUUCAAGGAGAAGCUUCCGCACUGCCCCAUCACCGACUACGGCUUCACCGACUACCACGGGCCCGCCGACGACUACAAGGCCGCGAGCAAGUACUUUCUCGACAAGUUUCGCUCCCUCAGCCGCAACCCCGAGAAGGAGAUUUACGGCCACUUCACCAACGCCACCGACACCAACUUGCUGAAGAUCACCAUGAGCUCCGUGCAAGACAUGAUCAUCCAGCGCAACCUCAAGCAGCUCAUCCUCUGA